UGUACAGAGAAAAAAAUGACACUCCGUGUAACGGAGUGGCGGCAUUUCGAAAGUCAACGAUUCCGCCUUAAAAGCACGAUGCGUACUCAGCCGCGCAAUGCAGCCGCACGUACCGUUCUCAUCCUUGGACGUCGUGAAAAAGAGCGCGUGUCAUUCGCGAAGACGCCGCGAGAUUGUAAUCCUUCGGAACUUGGUAGUUUCCCGCAAUUCUGGCGAACGCACCACGCAGACCACUGUGUGCGCUGCAUUUUGCACGCGUGUGCGUGUAUAUGUACACGUAUGUCCAGUCUGGCUACGGCCCUGACUGAGUUAAAAGGAGGCAUUCUACCGUGAUAAAUUCACUAUCGCUACCGGCCAAGUGGGGUGUCACGCGCACGGAGAAAGUGCACUUACUUUAUAUAUACCCGCACGACGGGCCAUCGUACGCAUUUUCGAUAUCGCUGUCGCUAAUUGCACCGCAUCUCGCGAGAGGAGCCGACAAUCGAAUUUCGUCGCGCAAGCAAAAUCAUCGGGGAAGAUGAUGCUGAUCGGGCUCGUGUUGUUCGCCGCGUCGGCCAGAACCGCCGUGUCGGAGCUGCCUCCUGGAGUGACAUCGUGUCCGCGAACGGAUAAUCCGCAGGAAUAUGACAAGUGUAUUUUGAAACAGCUGCAAGCGCUCACCCCGCUCCUCGCCAAGGGAGUGCCUUCCUUGAAAUUGCCGGCGUUAGAUCCCUUAUUUCUACCAUCUUUAACUAUAGAUAGAAAUCUAGACUCCUUGAAAAUUAAGGCUAACAUGAGUCAGACUCGCGUUUACGGCGCAACGAAUUACAUUGUACACGAACUUAAAGCGAAUCCCAACGACUUGACGAUUUUCAUCAAGGUCCGAUUACCUCACAUUUACGUGAACGGAGAGUAUGACGUUCAGGGAAGGUUGCUGUUGCUGCCUCUAAGCGGACUUGGUAACUUUAAGGGGAAUUUCACUGACACUGAAGCUCAAGUAAACGUGCAAGGCAAGGAGGUCACCGAUAAAAAUGGUGUGCAGAGAAUUGCGAUCGACAAGUUGCUUACUAAAAUUCGCAUCGGUGAUGGAAAUAUUAAACUGAAGGCACCUCCCGCUCACACGUUGGCCGCUGAAGCCGCCGCGUCGUUCUUUAAUGCAAAUCCUCGCCUAGUUUUGGAUAUUGCGAGUCCAAUUGCCGAGGAUACUGCCGCGACUGUGAGCAAAGCUCUUGCUGCCAGAGCACUCAGUGUUCUCACUAAGAAAGAACUCGUUCCCUAGUUCUUCAAUAAACGAAUUUUGUUCGGCUUGUCUUUGGUAAUAUAAAAUAGGACAUGGAUAAUACGAGCAUUAGUCGAGGUAACAGAAGUUAAUGUUCUUCACUUUAUCACUUUUUUAUUUCUGCCGGUUAGUCGGCAAAUUGUUGUUUUGUUUUAAAAAAAUUAUUUUAUUUAAUUAAUAGGCGUAUAGUCUCGAAAGAACGUUGUUUAUUUUUAUUUUUGUACAUGAGAAGUACUGAAAUGUUCGUUUAGCAGGCAUUAAAGGAACAAAACAUUACACAUUCAACGUCUACUUCUUGUUUAUUUCUCUACUUUCUUAUCCACAAAUUGUUAAUUACAUUUUUAUAUUUGUUAUAUAUAUAUUAUAUAUAUUAUCUAUGACGCACAAUUUUUUAUCCGAAGUCAAUUAAAUCGCACAUAUAGAAAAUGUGUUGCUUGAAAAAAAAAAAAAAAAUUAUUUUACAUCGUAGCAGUUUAAUUAUCUGAUUGAAUAGCAGGUUUACUAUAUUAUCUUAUAAAUUGUUUUUAAAUAUUCAUGCAAUAUCACGAGAUCGCAGAGAGACUAAAUUUUGGACAAUCAUAAUGUAACAUAAAACUUGACUUCACAUAAAAAAUGGUCACUUCUAAAAAAAAAGAAAAUAAUUUAAAAACUUUUAGUUACAUGUCAAGCGACAAAUAAAAAGUAUUAUUUCAAAUGUAAUUCAUAACUUCAUAAUUUUACUUACAAAAAGAACAUUAUUGCACAGUUCUUUUAUAAAUUUACAGUUCUUACGAUAUUUCAUAUUUGCGUCAUCAAUUUACACUUGUCGUAAUUUACCGUUUUCUUAAAGCGAUUGCUGAUACAUUUUAAAUGAUGAAUAGAAUGAUUAUAAUGAGGAUGUUGAACCAAAAAUGUAAAACUUGUUCCUUGAAAUGCACAUGCGUAUAAUCAUCUCACAAUUAGUAUCAAUACAUAUUAGUCAUCAAUACGCUCGAUUUAAUAAUAAUCAUUAGAAUAACAAUCUACAAAUAUACCAAUUAUUAUUGUAACCGUUCAUUAUUUUUAUUUGCGUUGCAUUUUUUCACGAAGUCCGAUUGUAUUUGCAUAACAUUUAAUAAAGUGCAAUUAUAUUACAGU